AUGGAAGUUUUACGUCAAAACAAUGUAAAGCUUUUGGAUGAGAAUAGAAUCCUUCGUACCAGACUUAGAAUUUCGCAGCAGGGAAAUAGUGAUAAAGAUUUUGAUUUAUACAAAACUAUCGGAAUUCUCACUUCAAUUAACACAAAACUUCAAUCGCAAAUCGAUGAGCAAAAAAUUUGUAUUCAAAAUUAUUCGGAAAAAAUUACGACGCUUGAACUACAAAAUAAAAACAUCGACAGAUCUAAAGUUGAAAAAAUCGAUAAGUUGACUAAUGAAUUAAAAGAAACAGCAAAUGAUCUUUUAGAAAUUAAAAAGUUAUAUAUAGAGUUUAAUGAAGCGUAUCAAGUUUUAUUAAAUCGAAUGCGAUGUAAACCAGCACGAAUUCAAUUACUUGAAUUUCUAGACAAUAAUAUCGAAACAUCGUUAUGA